AACCCCCUUCCAACAGACGUAAAUAUUUCACGACACAACGCCCUCAUUGACGGCAGUGUCAUGGCGGCGCAUGUUAAUUUUGAGAGUACUAGCAGCAUCGCAGAUCGUAAAGAGAGUAAACGACAGGCACGGCAAGAGGCGGUUGAAAGGGCAAAACAGCAGUAUGAGAGAGAGGAGCGGAGGAAGGAGCUAAAGAGGCAGAGAGGGGAAGACACUUGGAUGCUUCCUGAGGUCACUGACAGACUGAAGGAAAUCGAGGACGAAACAACUUGUCAAGGCAAAAAGAAAAAACUGAAGAAAUCUAAAAAGAAAAAGGAGAAGAAAAAGAAGGCCAAGAAGGAAAAGAAAGCGACAGAAGCAGCAGAUGGCUCGAGUGACGGCUCAAAUGACUCUGCAGAUGAGUGGGUUGAAGCUCAACCCCAGCCUCAGCCACUGGCUUCUAAUAAAGCCUGGAAGGUUUCAGAGAAGUCUAAGGCUCCAGAUAGUAAUGGCGACUCAGCUAAAACUGUCCAGCGAGAUGAAUGGAUGACUUUUGACUUUUUGGCCAUGAAAACCACAUCCACAGCACAGAAAAGAGCUGAGAAGGACCAACUGAAAGAAGAGGAGAGGGCCAAAGCUCAGGCCAUUGAACAGGCUGGUUUGCACAAACUAGAACUUAACCCGUACUGGAAGGAUGGUGGAACAGGUCUGCCCCCAGAGGAAAAGGCUGGUUCUGCUGCAACAAAAGUUUCAGUGGUGAAUGAUGGCGGUCUGAGCUGGCUCAGAAAGAGCUACCAAAGAAUGAAGGAGCAGGCAGAGAGAGAGCAGCGCAGCCUGAACGAUGUGGUGGCGGACAGAUAUGGAUCGAUGGAGGAAUUCCAGCAGCGACUUGCCGAAGCAGAAAAAGCUGUUUAUGGAUACAAAAGCAGAGGGGAAGGGGAAAAUAUGUCGAAAAGCAGGCAGUUUGAAGGAAAAGAGAGCAGAGAGAGGUGGCGGAGAAAAGGGGAAGAGAUGGAGAGUGAUCGGUGGAGAAGAUAUGAAAGACACUCAUCACCUCUGUCCCAUGAGCGGGGAGGCGAUCAGGAAAAAGUGAGAGAUCAAGAUAGUGAAAGAAACCCAAACAAGGACAAAGACAGAUAUAGGGAGAGAGAGAAGGAAAGGGAUGAAGAGAGAGAAAGAAGCAGGUAUAGAGCGAGGUCCAGUGUUACAUCCUCAUCUGAGAAAAAAUGCAAUCAACGUUCCUCCUCUCUUGGGUCACUGAAAGGCCGUUUCCUUAAGCCCUCAGACGAUGACGACAGCAGAGCUCAUGGACCCCCUCCUCAUAGAGGUCAGUCAUUUACAGGAUUUUUGAAACCUAACUUGGAUGAUGAAGACUCUGGUCCACGAAACAUGAGUGGUAUGGUCUGGAGGAAAGGUGGCAGUCUUGCUAAUGAGCCUGAUCACAUGGAAAAGGAGAAAGUGCGAGAUAUUGCAAAGUCAACCCCAGCUCCUUGUGACAAGACAGCAGCUGCAACAAUAAAAUCAAGUGAGAGUGGCAGUGAUGAAGAGGUGGAAGAGCUUCCACUUCUCUCCGAGGAAGAGAUGAACAAACUUGGCGCAAAGCUAGUGAAGGCUGAGAUAAUGGGUAACACUGCCAUGGUUGAAAAGCUAAAGGCACAGUUGGAUGCAGCUCACAAAGCCAAAGAGAGCAACAAUGCAAGAAAGAAGCUCCACGAAACUGCAAAAUCAACACAGAUGGCGGGCUCCUCAAGCGAAGACCGAGAAGUCCUAUUAUUCAGAACUGAUCAUUCUGGUCAGGCCUGGCCAGUCAAGCCCCUAUCAGAACCUCAGGAGCCCCACGGAGGACGCAGAAAGAAGAAAGCGAUUGAGACUCACGUUGAUGGGCAGCGUGUCAGGUACUUUCAGGAUGAUGACAGUGUGGGUCUGAAGGAGAUGGUCAGGAGGGAGAAGAUGAGCUCAGCACAGGAUCAGAAUGCCCUUUACUCUCGAAUGGCUGCCAAGGUGAUGGGAAAGACGGACGGUGACAACUACACUCUGGAUGAUAUGUUUGUGUCAAGUGCGGCGCGCAAGGAGGGUGAAGGGAGGGAGGAGGAAAGGCUGAGGAACAGAGCCAGCGAGGAGAGUAGGAGGCUGGCGACCUCCAUGGAGAAAUGCCGUCACUGUUUCAGUAGCCAGGAGCUCCAGAAGCACCUCAUAGUGGCCAUAGGAAGCAAGGUAUACCUAAGUCUACCUGCUGGAGUGUCCAUGACAGAAGGCCAUUGUCUCAUCUGUCCCCUACAGCAUCACUGCUCGGCCACCACUUUGGACGAGGACGUCUGGUCAGAGAUACAGCUGUUCCGUCGCAGCUUGGUGCGUAUGUUUGAGUCCCAGGAACUAGACUGUGUGUUCAUGGAAAUGCACCUGAACCCACGCCGGAGACAGCACAUGGUCCUUGAGUGUAUCCCACUUCCUCGGGAACUGGGUGACAUGGCACCGAUAUACUUUAAGAAAGCCAUCAUGGAGUGUGAUGAGGAAUGGGCCAUGAACAAAAAGGUUGUUGACCUUUCUUCGAAAGACAUACGCAAAGCUGUUCCCCGAGGGCUGCCCUACUUUGCUGUAGACUUCGGACUACAGGGAGGGUUUGCCCAUGUAAUUGAAAACGAGCAGAAAUUCCCACAUUACUUUGGCAAGGAAGUGGUUGGAGGUAUGAUGGACUUGGAGCCAAGGAUUUGGAGGAAGUUGAUACGUGAGAACUUUGAUGAUCAGAGGAAAAAAGUCCUGCAGUUUGCACAGUGGUGGAAACAGUAUGAUUGUACCAAGAAUGAAAGCUAGUAGGACACAGGCAAGCACACCCAGAUGUUUUUUAGCUGCAUAAAUCAUUUUUACUGAAUGAUAAAAUGCAAAUUUGAUAUCAAUUGUAUGUAAAUUAAAACAAAAUUGCCAACUUUGCCUUUUCAAUGUUUUCUUAUUUAAAACCCACCAAAUACUGUAGUGUAGAAGUGGCUCAAAUUAGUCCUUUAUUUUACCAUUAAUUGUUAUUAGAGGUGCCGAUAAUUAUCGGUCCAGUAAUAUGAAUUAUGAUGUCAUCCCAAUAAAUCCAAUAACAUUAUUAAUAGGCCGGAUAAUAUAUCAUGUUAUUGGCACAGUGUCGGUGGAUUGGGAUGUGUGCGUUUGUUUCCACUCCUGUUUUGUCAGUAUGCAAAGUUUUGUUACUGUUCUAGAGGCGGUAUUUUUCCAUCACUGGAUGAUAAACCUAACUUGGGGAAUUAGCAAAUGUUUGAAUUUUAGAGUGUUAUGUUUUCAAGUUGUUGAGAGGCAUUUUGGUCAUUGAUAGGCUUGCUGUCCUACAGUGGGGCAAAUAAGUAUUUUGUGCAAGUUCUCCCACUUGAAAAUAUUAGAGAGGCCUGUAAUUGUCAACAUGGGUAAACCUCAACCAUGGCAGACAGAAUGUGGAAAAAAUCCAGAAAAUCAAACUUUGAUUUUUAAAGAAUUUAUUUGCAAAUUUUGGUGGAAAAUAAUUAUUUGGUCAAUACCAAAAGUUCAUCUCAAUACUUUGUUAUGUACCCUUUGUUGGCAAUAACGGAGGCCAAACGUUUUCUGUAACUCUUCACAAGCUUUUCACACACUGUUGCUGGUAUUCUGGCCCAUUCUUCCAUGCAGAUCUCCUCUAGAGCAGUGGGUUUAGGGGCUGUCGUUGGGCAACACGGACUUUCAACUCCCUCCACAGGUUUUCUAUGGGGUUGAGAUCUGGAGACUGGCUAGGCCACUUACGAAGCCACUCCUUUGUCGCCCUGGCUGUGUGUUUGGGAUCAUUGUCAUGCUGAAAGACCGAGCCACGUCUCAUCUUCAAUGCCCUUGCUGAUGGAAGGAGAUUUUCACUCAAAAUCUCUCGAUACAUGGCCCCAUUCAUUUUUUCCUUUGAACAGAUCAACCGUCCUGGUCCCUUUGCAGAAAACAGCCCCAAAGCAUGUUUCCACCCCCAUGCUUCACAGUGGGUAUGGUGUUCUUCGGAUGCAAUUCAGUAUUCUUUCUCCUCCAAACACGAGAACCUGUGUUUCUACCGAAAAGUUCUAUUUUGGUUUCAUCUGACCAUAACACAUUCUCCCAGUCCUCUUCUGGAUCAUCCAAAUGCUUUCUAGCGAACCGCAGACGGGCCUGGACGUGUACUUUCUUCAGCAGGGGGAAGUGCUCAUUGUUCAGGGGAACACAUCGUCAAUGACAUUGACUGAUUGAUUGAUUCAAAUUAUAUUUAAUUGAAAAACUAAAUAUGGGCACUUUAUUUGAAGUGAAAACUGUUCUUGUCUUUGUUUUGUUCAUUAUAAUAAUGUUCAUGUCAUUAUGAAAAUUCUGGUUAGGUCAAAGGCAAAUCUAUGCUGAAUCCACCACUAUUUUUUUUUUACCUACAGGUGUUCAAAAAUCAGCUGAA